CAGGAAAAAACAGGACGAAGUGAUGAUCUUAGAGAACGCCAUCCGGAAGCGCAAUGAGGAGCAGAAGAAGUUGGGCCUCGAGAUGGAGGCCACGUGUCAGAUAUGCCUGAAGACCAAGUUCGCCGACGGCGUCGGACACCUCUGCAACUACUGCAACACCCGGUGCUGCGCCCGCUGUGGCGGCAAAGUCACGCUCCGCUCGAACAAAAACAUAUGGGUCUGCAUUCUGUGCCGCAAAAAGCAAGAGCUGCUCAUAAAGACGGGUCAAUGGAUCCACUCAUCGAUGGCCAACCGGUUGCAGCAGUUGGAGGCCGAGGCGGAGACGCCGGUGAUGGAGAGGAUGCGGUUCGGCGGCGCCGGCAAAGAGAACUUCCUCAACGCCUACCACUCGGGCCGCCGCUCGUCGCUGGGGUUGCCGUCGCGGGCGGCGCCGCCGGUCAAAGAGCUGCGGCGCCAGUAUUCGCACGAAACGCGGGCCACUGUCCACCAGCAGCAGCCGGCGCCCAACGCCUGGGCCAACGCCACACAGCCUUUAGUUCAUCACAUAUUGCCAUUGAAUUCGCAGUCGAAAGUGCUUUUACCGAACCAUCCGUCGCACCAGCAGCUGAUGACCACUACCGGCGCCAACACCGGCCCACCCCAGCGGCUAAUGCCCGACAUUCCCGUCAGAAAGCUCGAGAAGAGCCAAUCCCUGUGCCGACCGGACCCGAGCUAUCGCAACAACAGCCCCGCUGUGGGCACGGGAGGCGCGACGACGACCACCGGUGGCCGCAAACUCCCGCACCGGCAGCGCAGCACUGAAUCCAAUUGGACGAGCGGUGUGUCGGACGUGUCGACGACGUACGGCACGCUCAGCGACUCGACCGCACAGCCCGACCCCACACCCCCGCCCACUGUCGGCGGUGGCAAACAGUUGCCGCGAAUCACAGCACAACAACAGGCGAUACUGAGGGAGCGGACGGCCGGCGCCGGCGGUGUCCUCAGCAACCACUCCUCGCAUACCGGCGUGCCUUCCAAUACACAACUGCGCGACCUAUCGGUGCCUCUGAACGCGCAGAACAACUUCAAGAACCAAAUGUAUUCGUCGAACGGCUUCCCCAAAACGGGUCGACACAUAGACCCGGGCGGUGGUGGCGGAGGCGCUCCACCCAUAGCGGCGUACGCGGACGUCGGCCACAGUCAGCCGCGAGCGGGCCUUCAGUGCCAUUCGUCGGGCGGCAGUCGGCGCCGAAGUACGACCGACAGCGUCAUCCGCAACGACUCGCUCUCGUCGGACCAGUCGGAGUGCGUGCGACCCCCGCCUCCCCGGCCCUACAAAGCGCGCAAUAAGUCGGGCAAAAAGCUGCGUCCGUACAGCUCGUUCAGCUCGUCCGACGACGAGAUCCGCUCCACACCCGAGCCCUCCACCGAAGACGACCUCGACUUAGAGAGCGAGAGUGUCAGCGAAAAGGGCGAACACCUGGGGGUCGACCAUAACCUACAUAAGUGCCAAAAGAGUCGUAUGCGACCCGAGGAGAUACUCGACGCCAAAAUCAAAAAAUUUCUUGCUCAUCCGAUCACAUGGAAGCCGUCGGCCAACGGCACACAUCUUAUCGGACAUAUGAUACUGAAGAAGCACUUGGCGGACGACACGUCCUCCAGUUCCAGCGCAACCAUAUUGGGCCUGAAGGUCGUGGGCGGCCGUAUCAUCGACAGCGGACGGCUCGGCGCCAUCAUCGAGAAGGUCAAGAAAGGCAGUAUCGCCGACACCAUCGGCCGACUCAGGCCCGGCGACGAAGUGGUCGAGUGGAACGGGCGGUCACUUCAGGGCAAGACCUACGAGGAGGUGUACGACAUCAUCGCUGAGUCCAAACAGGAGCCGCAGGUGGAGCUCAUAGUGUCCCGGCUCACCCAAAAGUUGCCGUUAGCCACGAACCCGACGCCCAUUCUCAAGGAGGACCUACUGGUGCCGCCUAACCAACGUAUCGGCCGACGCCAUACCGACGUCAUGACUAUGGGACCACAACUCAGUUACGGUACCCAUUGUCACCGCAAUUUACACGCCUUUCCCAGCAACAAGACGUUCAUUCGGGGCAGCAGUUUGGGGGCUGAACUCAAUCGCUCGAAUCGGCCCUAUUUGAAGGUCACCCGCACCUCCACCAUCAGCGGUCGCAUCCAGGUUAAGCUGUGGUACGACAUCCAGUCGUUGCAAUUAGUGGUGACCAUAAUCAGCGCCAUAGACCUGAGCCCCCGAACCAACGGCUAUCCGCGCAAUCCAUACGCGAAAAUGUUUUUACUUCCAGACAAGAGCGAAAAGAGCAAACGGCGGACCAAAACGAUGGCCAACUCGUCGGAACCGCUUUGGAACCAAACAUUCGUUUACUCGCCGUUACGGCGGACGGAGAUGAAGACGAAGGCCUUAGAGAUCACUGUCUGGGACUUCGAGCGGUACGGCGCCAACGAAUUCCUCGGCGAAGUGCUCAUCGAGUUGGCGGUCGCGCCGCUGGACGACGAGCCCGAGUGGUAUCUGUUGGCCACUCACGAGGAAAUAUUUGCUCAAUUACGACUCCAACAGAAGCCAUACCUGACGGCCGCCGAUCGCAUAUCUCCGUCGACUUCUUCGCGCCUCUCCGACAGUGAUAUCUCCGAAUUAGAGUACGACGACGGCUUCAACACUUCCAGAGAGUCGUGGAGAGGGCUGUUGGCGGACACGAGUCAGAGCUCCAUCGGGAGCAGCGGUAGUCCGCCGCUGAUGAACACCGUGGAGACGAAGUCCAGUUCGCGGACCAACGCAUACAACUAUAUACCGCCGGACGGGUCGGGUGUGGGCCGCCGUCACCGGCAGGCGCUGCUCGCCGAAGGCAACGCCGCAUCCCUUCCCACCAAUUAUAUACUCAACGAAACCGAUGGCUUCCUAUACCGACCGGAGUUCCGCAAAAGCAGUUCACAGCCGACCCGUUCCCUAUCGCCACCGUCGCUGCGCUCCCGCUCGCCGUCGCACUCCAUCGGAACGCCUACCAGUUCUGUGGGCGCCCUCAACAAGAAGCGACACUUACCGCAAGUGCCGGCAGUCAUGGGCCGACGCGUGGGCGCCGCCACCGACAGCCUACUCAUGGGCUUCGAGUCGCCGCCGCAACCCAUGGGCCGAAACUGGAGGCCAAACGCACCGCAGCGGCGAUCCGUCGAUAGGAUCACCGGUUCGUCGGGAAGUGGAGGCAUAUAUUCGGACAGUGAGAUCACGACGAGACCCGUGUUCGGCAACCGACAGCUUUAUGCACAUCCCGUGCCCUCCAAGGAGUCCAAUGCGCACCAACACCACCACCGACGGGACAGCGCCCGCAGGCGUGGCGGGUCUGCAGCCGACUCCGGCUAUCGGGAGUACCAGUCGGAGACGGAGGGCCAGCACCGGGAGAGGGAACGGAGGGAUAGCUUUAGGGAAAGGGAACAACACAGGGAAAGGGAUAGGGAAAGGGAAAGGGAACAACACAGGGAUAGGGAUAGGGAUGGCGGCGGCUCCAGUAGUCGCGCCGAACAAAGGAGUCGCGCCGAGAGUAGGCGAGUGUCGGCCGUCGGCGGCGGACAGGAGAGCGGCAACGAGUCCGAGACGAGCACCAACUCCAAGACCAGUGUCCAAAGUGCCUUCUCUGCCCACUCGGACAGACCCCGACCCAGUCGUACGCUCAGUGAGUUCACCUCCAAAAUCCAAAGCUACGGACCCGUCCACCCGCCGCACCCGUCCCGCACAUCCGUAGCAAUAAGUCAGUUGAAUGAGAGGGAACGGGCGGCCAAUGAGAGCAAACUGGACGGCAGUCUGUCGGACACGGCCAUCGUGGGCUCCGACAGCCAAAUGGAUUCGCUGAACGUCAUCUGCGGUAACCCCGCGUCGCAGACGUCCGGCUCGAAGACCAACUCAUCCGGACUCACGAAGAAGAGUAGCAGCACUUCGCAGCUCAGCGUUUCC